GGGGGCGCUGGGUGUGGGGCGGCUCCGGGGCCGGGGAUGGCGGCGGCCGCAGUAGCGGCGGCUCCGGGACGAGCGGGAGGAGCCCGAAGAGCGUCGUGAGAUGGGCCGGCUCCCACGCCAGCGGGGAGGACACUGCUUCUUACUACAGCUGCUCAGAAGCACUACUGGAAGCUCAGAUCUAAAGAACUGGAGCCUGAUUGGAAGAAAUAGGUGACAAAGUUCAUAUGCACUGAAGUGUUCAGACCAAAAAAGAUACUUUAUGACAAUGGACAAAAGCAUGUAUGAAAGCAGAUGUGGGCACCCCAGCCAGCAACAGAGAGGGGUGCAGGGGAGCCACAGAGAAGCCCCUUCUGAUGCCCCAAGGAGCAAGCCGACCCCUUCCAGGCUCCAGGAACACUGCAAAGCAAUAUGAAACCUGUUCAUGAGAGGAGUCAGGAAUGCCUUCCACCAAAGAAACGAGACCUCCCCGUGACCAGCGAGGAUAUGGGGAGAACUACCAGCUGCUCAACUAACCACACACCCUCCAGUGAUGCCUCUGAAUGGUCCCGAGGGGUUGUGGUGGCUGGGCAGAGCCAGGCAGGAACCAGAGUCAGCCUAGGGGGUGAUGGAGCUGAGGCCAUCACUGGUCUGACAGUGGACCAGUAUGGCAUGCUGUAUAAGGUGGCUGUGCCACCUGCCACCUUCUCCCCAACUGGCCUCCCAUCCGUGGUGAACAUGAGCCCCUUGCCCCCCACAUUUAAUGUAGCGUCUUCACUGAUUCAACAUCCAGGAAUCCACUAUCCCCCAAUCCACUAUGCUCAGCUCCCGUCCACCUCUCUGCAGUUUAUCGGGUCUCCUUAUAGCCUUCCCUAUGCUGUGCCACCUAAUUUCCUACCGAGUCCCCUCCUCUCCCCUUCUGCCAACCUCGCCACCUCUCACCUUCCACACUUUGUGCCAUAUGCCUCGCUCCUGGCAGAAGGAGCCACUCCUCCCCCCCAAGCUUCAUCCCCGGCCCACUCAUUCAACAAAGCCCACUCUGCCACCACCUCACCUGGGCAGUUGCCACAUCACUCGAGUACUCAGCCAUUGGACCUCGCUCCAGGACGGAUGCCCAUUUAUUAUCAGAUGUCCAGGCUACCUGCUGGGUACACCUUGCAUGAAACCCCUCCAGCAGGUGCCAGCCCAGUUCUUACUCCUCAGGAGGGCCAGUCUGCUCUGGAAGCAGCUGCUGCCAACGGACAGAGACCGCGAGAGCAAAAUUUAGUAAGACGAGAAAGCGAAGCCCUUGACUCCCCCAACAGCAAAGGUGAAGGCCAGGGACUGGUGCCAGUGGUAGAAUGUGUGGUGGAUAGACAGUUGUUUUCAGGUUCUCAGACUGCACGGGUGGAGGUGGCAGUGCCAGCACACCGAGGGACCCCAGACACCGACCUCGAGGUCCAACGGGUGGUUGGCGCUUUAGCUUCUCAGGACUACCGUGUGGUGGCAGCUCAGAGGAAAGAUGAGCCCAGCCCCCUCAACCUGUCCCAUCAUACCCCUGACCAUCAGGGUGAGGGGCGAGGGUCAGCCAGGAACCCAGCAGAGAUGGCUGAGAAAAACCAGGCCCGAGGGUUCUACCCUCAAUCCCAUCAGGAACCGGUGAAACACAGACCUUUACCCAAAGCAGUGGUUGUAGCCAAUGGCAACCUGGUGCCCACUGGAACUGACCCAGGCCUGCUGCCCAUGGGCUCGGAGAUCCUGGUGGCAUCAAGUUUGGACAUGCAGGCCAGAGCCAUCUUUCCAGACAAGGAGCCAACGCCACCCCCCAUUACCUCCUCUCACUUGCCCUCCCAUUUCAUGAAAGGCGCCAUCAUCCAGUUGGCUACAGGGGAGCUGAAGAGGGUGGAGGACCUCCAGACCCAGGAUUUUGUGCGCAGUGCCGAAGUAAGUGGGGGACUGAAGAUUGACUCUAGCACAGUCGUGGACAUUCAGGAGAGCCAGUGGCCUGGAUUUGUCAUGCUGCAUUUCGUGGUUGGUGAGCAGCAGAGCAAAGUGAGCAUUGAGGUGCCCCCUGAGCACCCCUUUUUUGUAUAUGGCCAGGGUUGGUCCUCCUGUAGCCCUGGGCGGACUGCACAGCUCUUCUCUCUGCCCUGCCAUCGGCUACAGGUGGGAGAUGUCUGCAUCUCUAUUAGUUUACAGAGCUUGAACAGUAACUCAGUUUCUCAAGCCAGCUGUGCUCCUCCAGGCCAGCUGGGUAUCCCCCGAGAAAGGCCUGAGAGGACAGUCUUGGGACCCAGAGAGCAAUGUGACAGUGAGGGGAAGAGCCAGCCGUCAGGCGAGGGCUCCCAAAUGAUAGAGCCCUCGCAGCCGGAGCCUGGUGCUCAGGCCUGCUGGUCAGCCCCAAGCUUCCAAAGAUACAGCAUGCGAGGGGAGGAGGCACGGGCUGCACUGCUCCGUCCCUCUUUCAUUCCACAGGAGGUAAAGCUGUCCAUCGAAGGGCGUUCCAAUGCAGGAAAAUGAACCUCUCUCCCAGACCGGACUGGGGCUUUACCCCGGAGCUGGGCCUCACCGUGAGCAGGCAGAGGAUUUGCACAUGCCGAGCAAGGAAUGGCUCUCUUGGCAGUGAGAUUGGUGGGGGAAGAGGAGGCAUGAAGGCAGCCUCCCAAGGCAGGGUCUGUUGCUCAUUACCCCAUGGCAUCCUUUCAGGAUAGCCCCAGAGGAUGCUGUGAUGGGGAGCAGCAGGCCUGGGCCAAGGAAGGAAGGGGGUGCACGCAGGAUAAGAAACAUUCCAAAUAUCAGGGCCUCCCUGUUCUUUCCUCCCCAUCCCUAGCUCCUGCAAGGAGAAGUCAGGCUUUGGGAGCAGGUGGCAGAGGGAGGGAGCAAAGAAAGAGCCAAAAAUGAUGAUCCACAGCUUAUAGUAGCAGUUCAACUGUCUGAAUUUUUUUCCCUUUCUUUUUUGUGGUGGGAGGGCAGGAGGCCCAUGGUUGGAAUAAGAGGGUUCCCACCUAGAACUCUUCUUUUGAGAGCUGUGCACUUUAAAAGGUAGUUUUGUUACAGAUGUCUGUGGCUAGUAUGUGGGGGAAGAGCGCUUAUCUGCAGGGCUCGGGUUGAUCCUGCUUCAGCCCUUCCCCAUUUCUCCUCACCGUUCCUCCCACAAGGCUCCUAGCACCAGAAGAGAGAAAGCCCCUCCAGGGUUCAGAGUGAAGUACUGCUUUGGCGGGGGACUGGGAGAAAGACCUGAUGGCCAGGCUGACCAGGCUCUAGGUAGGGCUUAUGGAAAGGUAGCAGACCUAACAAAGCUCCUCCUACCCAGCAUGCCAGACCCGCUUCAAAAUUGUACCGAAUCGCUAGUUGGCCAUGGUGACUUCUGAAAGAAUCAGUGGACCCUUUUCCCCAGCCCCUGCACUCCUCUUGUGUCUGUCUAUGUUGUACCUAAGUGCCUGCGCGGCCCCCACCCUCCUGCUGCCCUAACCUCUGUGCAUGAUGUCUUGACCUGGGCCUAAUUUGUAGCUGCACUGCCUUUGCCCUUCUGUGAAAACAAUAUUGGUUUUGUCCACUCUGACCAAGACCUCUAGUUUUUGGUGUAUAGGGGUCUCGCUGGUUUCCCCCUCAGUUACAUUCUCUAUUUUUAAAAACUCAGAAUCAUGUCCCCUCCUCUGCACCUGAACGGCUUGGUGGAGAAGAAAGAAGGGAAGUGCGCCCUGGGUCAGGGCAAGUACACCUGGCUGGGCAGUGCCCAUGCUGGUGUUUCACACAGCUCCUCCCUCUUACUCCACUUCCUCUCCCGGCAUUCAGGCUUCUCCAAGCUGUCUCCUUUCACAGCCAGCUCUCAGGCUCUGGGAUAAUCUUGAUAAUGUUUCAAUACCUGAAGUCUCCUAUAUUUCAUUUCAUGGUAGAGUAUUCCUCUGCAAAGAGUAUUUUAAAUCUUAGUUGCAUUUGCCCCCCUAUGUCUUAAGUCCAUGUUUUCUUCACAACUUUUAGCAUCAGCUUGGACUGUGGGAUUCCACUGGGUAUUGAGAAUUAGGCUCCCCCACCAGCUUUCAGGUGGGUGGGUGGGUGUUUUGUUUGUUUUUCAGGGGUCUUUAGACUCUUGAAGCAACUCAGGGUAUUGUCCACCCAGCUCUCUGGGGAGGCUUCUCCCAGGGUAUGGUCCUGGCAUUUCCUUUAGAAAUGUACUUGGACUGGCUGAGGCCUGGCCUGUCAUCAUGAGUCUCAAACCUCUGAGGUCUGAUCUCUGUCUGUUCCGUCAAAGACUUCAGGCAAGUCUUGUGACCUCUCGCUCUUUCACUUCCUCCCCAGCUGCCAAAUGGGGAUAAAUAAUCUUACCUACCUCCUGGGGGGAGGGGAACUCUGAGAAUAGAGUCAUUCUUAGUGUUCAGGUGCUAAAGGUUGUUCUCCUGGGGGAACAAGUGACUGAGACUGGCUUGUUUGUUACAAGCCCUACACUCCACUGUUUCAUUCCUUGAGAGCAGUUACCUGGUCACUCAGCUUUUGGAGGCUUAUCCAAAGGAAGCUGCUGACCUGACCGCAAGUACUUAAGUCUUUGGUUCACCUCAGAAUCAAACACCAACCCUGUCUGGUGAACACUCAACCUUCUAUUCAUUUGGGAUCAUGCCCUUUCCCUUUUCUGUCCCCCAUUCUCUCUGAAUGCUGCUUUCUCUGGUUCCUUUCCUACCGUGGGGGCCUGUGGGCUGAGGUCUGAGGAAUCCUCUCAGAUGGUGGCCCUGGGAGAAGGCCUCAUCUCCGUCUGGUCUAUGAUCAACUCAUUCCUAGGGACAAUUGUUUGCACGGGUUUCUCAGAAACAUCCUUCCUCAUAGGAAGGCUCAUCAGUUGAAUAUAGUGACAUGCACACAGUCAACACUCAAAAAAUGUCCACCAGUGACACCAACUAAGCCUCCUCCUUAUGGAAGCAGACCCAUAUCUAACCAGAUACAGGCCAAAUAGUUUAAAUCAAAUAACCCUCCACUACCCAGCCUGGUAACUUCCACUUGAUUCUGGAAAGGGAAAAUCUUGCACACCUAGGCAAGUUGGGCCCUGACCUUUCUGCUGCUGUUCUUUGUCUCUUGCUGGUAAAGCAAUACCAGCAGCUCCCCUGAUACUGUGCCAUGCAUAUAUAAUAUCUUAAUACUUCAUUUUGCUGAACUGCAGAGGUGUCUUUUAUAGUAUGGUCUCUCGGGAAAGGAAGCUCUGUGCUUUGAAUCUUGGUCAGAGCUGUCGCAUUCCCCUUGCCUUUUCCCCCUGGCUCAGUCUGUCUUCCAGGCAUGUGGAAUGAGAGGAACCUAUGGUGUGUCCAUUCUCCUCAUAGGAAUUUCAUAAGUUUGGAAGAGACUUAAGAGCAGUUUUGAGAGAGUGAGCCUUUUAGUGGGAAGCUGUCAGCUUUUUGGGGAAUGGGCAAUUGAAAAAGGCCAGAGCCAGUCGCUUGUCAGUGGGAAGCCAUUCCCAGAGCUUAGGGAUAGGAAGGAGGACUGCUAACUUUGGCAGUAAUCAGAAAUGCCUGUACCACUUAGGGAGUAGGGGAACCGGGUAAAGGAUGGGCAAUAGAUCCAAGUCGUGGAUUAUCAUUCUUAUCAUGAUUCGUGUACAUGGAUGGCAGCGGGGAGGGGCCGUGGGGAAGAGGGACCUGGGAGUUCAGAGCUGAGUACUUGUACCCAUGGGGAGGGGCCCCAGUGGAUCUGGACUGACCCUUCUACACUCUUGGUCCCAGUUGGUCGAAACACCAAGGGCUUUGGUCUGUGCUGCUUUGCCACUGCUGCUGUCUGCUCACUGUCCUGCCUGCUCCUCUUUACAGCUUGUGUGUCUUUGGCUAUAUAGAUGAACUCCCGGCACCCUGUCCAUUCUUACCUGUACAAGUGUUACUUUAGAGCAGUCACGGUGACUAGGGAUAGUAUGACAUGCUGCUGGUGGGCUGGUGAAUCCAAAGGGAUAUGGCUUCAGUACUAGCGGGCAGCCCUUUGGUUCCAAAUAUCUGUCUUGAGGGAGAGACAAGCAGGUCUUACUAGUGGGUGUUUCCUGUGUAUUCUUUCCUUUGUGGUAUCUUGUAUCCUGUUUUUAAAAAUAAAUGAUGGGGAACCAGGUUAGGGCCUGUGUCAGCAUCCCAGGGAGGGUCAUCUGACUCCAGUUAUGUGGACUCUGGGCUGGGGUUGGGAGAGGGUUUGAAGUUUGACUGAAAUAGCCCCUCAGUGGGUUUUAGUUUUAUUCUUACCAGUGGGCAUCAUAGGAGAUGCACAGUUUGGUGGUAUGAUUUAAACCUGCAACAAGCAGGCACAUUGAAGAGUUGAGUGAUCACACUGGAGAUGAUGGGUGGGCACGAGUUGACUGGGAAAGGGCCUGGGUCCGUUGGGGUAAAGAUAACCUGAUUAAUUGGCCAUGGGAGAUUAGGUCACAGUCUUAAAAGCCGAGUUAAUAGGGCAGAGGCCAGGUUUUAGGGAGACUUCUUGGCCUCCUAGGGCCAAGUUUACUAAACCACACUGAAGCUACAAUAUUUUCCAGAUGGGAAAAAGUGUACACUACAGUUGAAGAGCUGAACUGUGCUAAAUUGGAUGUUGACCAGGAACCUAUUAGCCCUUUGCUGGGAAGCCUUCACCCUCCAAGCUUCCCUGGGGUAGGGAAGGCCUCCCACAUUAUGCAAUAAUAAAAUAAGCAUCUGGGUCUUUGCAGCUGUCAGUUGCUCUUUCAACUCUAGGAUCCAUCUUUGGGCCAGAAGCCUGGUCUGGGCCUAGGAUGACACUGGCCCUUGAGAUGCUAGAGUCGACUGCACUCUCUCCUUACCUGCAGACUAUGCACAGUGCCUGGGGCGGAAGGUGGAGAGGUGGUGCCGUUUGCCCUGCUGAACCUCCCCAGCAGGAACAGUAGUAAUAAAUGCACUUUUCACACUAAGGUUUCUUUAUUAGUUUUCCUGUUAAGCCUAGAUCCUCCCCUGGUAGACUGCAAACUCAAAAGUCUGUGUGGUCCCAAAGCCAUUCUUACUGCAAAUACCCAGCAGUGAAGAUGGCCUCAAAUUGGGUUCCUGUCUGCAGUGUAUGGCAGCAGCCCAUGUGCCUUUACCUAUUGUCAAACUUGCAAGCAUUUAUUUGUUUUUAUGACUGUCAUGGGGACUGAGGUUCAUCAGAGAGAGAGAGAGAGCGUGAGCUGAUGACACAGUGGUUUUACACCCACUCCCGGGACAGGGAGUUUGCACAUAGUUGUGAGCUGUGAGUGGUUAGUGCAUUGUUGGUAUUGCUGAAGGCAGGGUUCAUCCCUCAUUUGCUUGAUAAUUGCAUUCGAGAGAAUCUCGUGUUGGGGGAGAGACUAUUCAUGGCAAACUUGAAGUAUUAAAAAUAAGGCUGUCCCCUAUAACCUUCCUAGUCACACCCAGGAUCCCUGUAGCCAAAACAGUGUAUGUUCCAGCUGCAGAGAGCAGACUGCUCUCAGCUUGCACAGCACCUUAGGGGAGGGAAGAAUAUAUGGAUAGGGAAUGGGGUGGAGAAAGGAGGAUGGGAAUGUUGUCAUCCAGUUGGCUUUAGGGUCCUGAGAAGUGGAGAAGGAUGCCACUGGGGAGGUCUGGAUGGAUCUGAUUGGUGUAGGAGUUCCCUGUAGAUAAAUUACUGACCCCCAACUACCAUCCCCAGUAUGUAAUGGCUGAAUUAAUAUGUAAUCAACUGCAUUGUAUCUAAAGCCUUAGAACUAGUCAGGUGCUCCCCCCACCCACACCAUUUCUUACCCUCUAAUCCUACCUGAUCUUUAACAAAGCAUUAAUAAUUCUAAGGAUAAUCUCUAUUUUGUUGUGCUUUUUUGUAACUGUUUUAAAUAAAUCAAUUUGUACUGUAUAUUUGUACUUUUGUGAGAUCCUUUUUGCUGUUUUACCAUUUUAAGUCUCUGUACUUGGCUACACACAGAUUGUAUUUUUAUUGUUAAUGCUCUUCUUAUGAAUACCUGCAUUUAACUUGUGGACUAUGUAAACACAAUAUAUAUCAAUAUCUAUAUAUCUAUAUAUCUAUCUAUAUAAACUACUAGCUUUUC